AUGGCUCAAGCUUUUGCUAUGCUAUAUAUGAUCCCCGAUGUAGCGCAAUACCCACACCUACGCUUUGACGGCGAUGACGUAUCCGACUGGAUUGAGCAGGUCGAUCGGAUCUUUGAGAGAGCUCGACUCAGUGAUGCUCAAAAGAUUGCCGAAAUCCAGUACUGGACUAAGGACAGGACGCAUCAGAAAAGGGUGGAGGACGCUAUCGAUCAACUUGACAGCAGGAGUGCUGUGGUGAAGGCUUUGAAAAGUACCUUUGCAUUCGGAGAUCCUAGACAACUACGAAGUGCAUACCAGCGCCUGAAAGACCUCGAGAACCAGCCCCGGCUAUCGAAUCCGUCGAAGAUCUACACGUACUGUCUUGACCAUGAGAUCCUGGUUAAUGAGACGAAGGAUACUACUCGAAUCCUAAGCGAUCUUGACUGCACUCGAGGCUUGUUUGAGAGGAUCCACAGCCACAGCCUUGAAGACAUCAUAAGCAAAGCUGAUAUGACGUACGAAGAGAUCUUCAAGAUGGAGUACCUCCUAGCCCAGAAGUUAGGCCGAGGAUGGGCGAAGACUAAGGUCGAUCUGGAAAACCACAACAAACGAGCCAAGAGAUAUUUUCCGUCUGAUCAGGGCAAGAAAGGACAAGAGGAAAGCCAGCCAGAUGUGACUGCUCUCACGGAGAGGCUCAGAGCCUUGGAGAUACGGUUAUACCAAGUAGGUCCGUCUGAUCGGAGACACCAGAUGGAAGACAUAAGGACUGCGUCGUACACCAGGCCCAAGGAAAUACGGUCAGGACUCAAGACAGCCCUCGUCAAGACAGCCCUCGUCAAGAUAUCCCUCGUCAAGAUAUCCCUCGUCAAGAUAUCCCUCAUCAAGACAGCCCUCGUCAAGACAUCUCUCGUCAAGGACAGCUGUACGACUACGAGACCAGACAACACCGUCCGUAUCCGAAUCGAUGGGGCACGACAACCAGGAAAUGUGUCUUCUGUACUAUGCCUGGCCAUCUUGUCUCACAGUGCGAGAAAGGCGACGCAGGAGGGCAAGUCUAUCCUACGAGAGGUGUGCGACUGGGUCAUGUCGAACAACCUUGAUCCUCAAUUCCAGCGGCUUGCGGCCUAUUAUCUUAGACGAGACUUUGGUAUUACGAAGAAUGAUACGAGCACUCUCCAGAUUCAGAGCUCCUCUCAGCCGCCGCAAGUACAGGAUAAUCGACUACAGACGCCAGGACUAGUACAGCCAGAGACAGCGAAGACGAACACAGCCCUUAGUCCCGACGUCCGAUCAGCUGACCUUGUAGUUACCAAGAUCCUCACUAGGUUGAUAGUCGAAGAUUUGGACAGCACGACAGUUGAACCGUUUUUGCAGCCGUCUGAUCAGACGAAGAGGAACGAGACUGCUGAUACUAAGAGGACCACCGCUGUGAACAAGACUACUGAUACUAAGAGGACCACCGCCGCGGACGAGGCUACUGUCGAUAAGAGGACUACCGCUGCUAAGAGGAUUGAUACGAGCAGUCAGACAGUCCUACUAUUCGGUCUGGAAGCAGAAUCGAGAGAGGCGGACUUUGAGGACCUUGUUACUCCGUCCUGCGACUUUGACUGGCAGGAAGAUAAGUGGAAAAAGAAGAGAGUCCUGGGGAGGAAAGAGGAGAAGUACGUUCUGGGGAGGAGAGAAUACUUCAGUCGGAUGAUAAGGCUACGAGAGGAAGACUGUGGUGCGUAG